AUUUUAGUUGAUUUUUUUGGAUAAAAUUCUAUUUUGAUGAAACCAAAUAAUGUUACCAAAGCGUACUUUUUAAGUGAUGUUAAUAUAACUUACAUUUAAAUGAUAUUCCUUUUAGCGAUGUCUAUAUACAUUUUAAAAAAAAAAAUCUUAGCAUAUAAAUACUAUAAGUGCUUUAACACCUGCGCCCUAAGGCAUUAUUGAGGUAAUGGCCAUGUUUUGCAUAUUUAACUUUUUCAUCUUUUUUUUAUAAUGGGUUAUUUCAUAUCUGGGACAGUGGUUCCAACUUUUGUUACUCGUGGAGUCUUUUUAAAAAUAAGUUUUAUGUGUGGGAUCCCCUAAAGCCUACCCUGUGUCGUACUUACAAGUUGCUGAUGAUGAACGAGCAAUUUUAUAGCGCUUGUGUCUAUGCGAUUUUAGUUAAGGGUGUCAUUUUAUAUCUCAGGGCGUCCGUGGAGCCCCUCAGAAGACCAUGAAAUCUCUUAGGACCACGUGGGGCACAGGUUGAGAACCUAUUACAGCAUACAACAUACAAUCAAAGGGACAGCACCAUAGGGUGACCAUUUAAAAAAAAGAAAAAAAAAAGGGCAAAAAUGGAGUUUCUCAAAGUAAUGGAAUAGGAUCUCGAAGAACCAAAGAAAAAAUAAAAGAACUCUUUAAGGACGCAAUUACCUAUAUCGUAACGGAAACGUGUUUUAGCCUGUGUAUAAGCAUUAGUCAAUAAAUAGUGGGAAAAGAUAUAUAUGACAAGCAUUAGACACAAUUUUUUUAUGAGCUGUAUAUUUUGAACAGUUUGGGGACCACAGCAUGAUCUUAACGAAAUAAAAAUCAAAACGUGACAAGGUGUGUGAUGUUAUUUUAAGACUGCUAAAAUUGUAUUUAUUUUAUAUGUGGAUGUCCUGUUUGACCCGUGUCUAUACAAAUGUUAACCUCAAUGGGACAUAUCACAUUGUGACAUAUAAGAUUGUGACUUAUCAGAUUGUGAGCUAUCAUAUUUUGAGAUAUAAGAUUGUUAGAUAUCAGAUUGUGACAUAUCAGAUUAUGACAUAUCAGAUUGUGACAUAUCAGAUUAUAACAUUAGAGAUUGUGAGAUAUAUGAUUAUGAGUCAUAAGAUUGUUAGAUAUCAGAUUGUGAGAUAUCUGAUUGUAAGAUAGCAGAUGGUGACACAUCAGAUUGUGAGAUAUCAGAUUGUGAGUCAUAAGAUUGUUAGAUAUCAGAUUGUGAGAUAUAAGAUUGUUAGAUAUCAGAUUGUGAGAUAUCAGAUUAUGACAUGUCGGAUAGUGACAUUUCAGGGAUGUGCUGGAUACAUAGGGCUUCGACCAAAAAUAUCUGAUUCUAGUUUGACCUACAACUCAUGACUAUCAUAACUAUUACAGAUGAAUGUUUGGUUUUACCGUUAAGCCAAAAUGUAUUGACUCAUUUGCUUUAGACUUCCAAGAAAAGAAGGAACGAAUGCUUAAAAAAAAUCGUUUGUUUCAUGCAUUUGAUUAUCCCAAGUGUUCUUGCAAAGCAAGGGUGUUCAGUUAUUUUAGUUUUAUAAAUUAUUACUAAAUAUUCAUG